CGAUGAUGCCCAGGCACGCAUCCUGGCUUACCGGUACGUGGUGAUGGAUGCAGCAGGAUCUUUAUAACAAUCACAUUAGCAAGGGCUGCCUGCUCUGCAUACAUGUAAACAAGGCUGUCCAUCCAUGGGUUCCUGUUCUCGCUUGGAAGGAGCGUUGCUGCGGCAGGGUGCAGGGGUGGCCUGGUCCCAACCACCGCUUUUCCCCAGCCAUCGCGUUUCCACAGGAACAAAACCGCCCGCCCACAGCAACCACCUCUCACAGCCUGCACCACAUUGAAUCUCCAGAGACCGCUUACCUCUUACAACGUCCAUCCGUCUAAGCUUAACGUACUUUUCCUUCUGUCGGUCGGUCAACUAAUUGAUUCAUCGACCGCACAUUGACCUCACUCUUUGUCUGUCUUGAAGCAAAGACACGAGCCAACACGCGACAACUUACACGACAACAUCAGCAGGUCAAGCAGCAGAGGGGAGAAGCACAUCAUUUGUGCUGAUCGACUCUCCACGCUGCCCGACUUUGGCUGGUCUGCCAACCAAUACCAGCCAGAGUCCCUUCACAUGUCAACCCUUCCAAUCCACUCCUAAAUUCCAGUGUGAAGCGGGCCUGCUUCCACCACAGACAACAUGGCGCCAGCCGACCUCAGCGACAGCAUCGCAAGACUCGGACCCGUCGCUGCACGGUCCCUAUUACUCGCCCGCGAUGAUGCACCUAACAACCGGCCCAACCCUGAGUCCGGCAUCAUCCACCCCGAACAGUUCAACCAGAAGUUUCUCUUUAUCUUAUUCGGCCUGAUACCCGCCGCCUUCGUCAUAGUCGGCAUCUGGUUUUUUUUCCACGCCAAGAAUGGCGGCUUCUACUUCAAGGAGAACGAUUGGGACGACUACAAGUCUACUGUACUGCGUCGCAAGGGCCCGAACGGCACUACCUUGUCGGGGGCCACCACCGAGACCGACCUCGGCGGCGGCAGCGUGUAUAAGGACGUCGACGAUGGUAGCACAGAGGACGCCACCACUGUCGUCAGCGGCACGACGGGCAUUACCGGUAUCACUGGCGGCGUGAGCGACUUUGUCGGGCGGGAGAAGAGGCGCAAGAAGCGCGAGCAAAAGGAGCGCGACAGGGAAAAGCGCCGCGAGGAGAAGCGCCGCGAGAAGGAAGAGCUCAAGCGCAGUAAGGAGCGCAAGCGCGCCCGCAAGGUAGCCGAAGACGGCGGCGUGGUCGACGAGGACGCCGAGGCCGAGGCCGAGCAGUACCUCCGCAACUACCGGCACGAGAAACCCGCUCGCGUCGGCGGCAUCAACAAGGAGAGCGACUCCAGCCAGUGGGACGGCUCGACAAACCCGACCGAGUCGUCCAGGGGUGGCUACACGGAGAGCACCGUCACCUCGGAGCUCAUCAGCCACCGCGAGCGCACGCCGACCACCACCCCGGAGAAGCCCAAGAAGUCCAGCGGCAUCCGCAAGGUCUACUCCACCGCCGACAAGCGCGACUCGCGCGAGGCUGAGCGCAUCCGGGCCGAGGCCAAGAAGCUGCAGGAGAGGGGCCGCGCCGCGGCAGCCUCCUCCGCGGCGGGAGCGUCGUCAUCCCACAGGCGCAACUUCUCCUGGCAGCAGAACAACCGCGUCGAUGAGGACACCCCCAUGGCGCCUAGCAGCUACGGCCCCAGCGAGGACGUCGAGUCUAGAAUCCCCGGCAGCUGGGCCGAGAGUGAUGUCGGCAGCGAGGUCGGCACCAAGUCGUACCACCACGUCAUCCCCGGGCUCUCCGACUCGGGUGCCGGCUCGUCUGUCGCUGGCACUGACGUGAGGGACUACGCGGAGGAGAAGCGGAAGCGCAGGGGGGGUGCUGGGUACAGGCGGGAGAGGUAGGCCCUCUCGCUGUUGAGGUAUGUGAUGGGUGCUCCUUCAGAGAAGGCCCCACGCGCAGGGGUGUGAUUAUGGCGGUUAUCAUUAUGAUGGUUUACGAAUGCGACUUUACACGAGAGAAUGCACCGAGUUCCUACUUGUUGUGGAUACCUUUUCAUUUACGGAAGCACGGACGGAUUGCGCAUGGGGUGACAUGGGCAAAGGAUACGGACGAGAGCCGGGCUGGGAUGAGGGUUAUUUGAGGGAUCGGUACAUCUCCUUUGUGUCGCCGGGCGGAUCAGCCUGGCUUGGGUAUACAACAUUCGCGGCGUUUGUUAGCCGGCAAACUGAGCAGCAUUGUGAAUAUAAUGUAAAGAAGUCCAAAUCACGAGAUUGAUCGAU